AUGCCACUUUUUUUCUGGCUUUUGGAUACGGCUAUUAUUAACGCAUAUCGGAUCAUCAGAACUUCGGGAUCGACAAAAGAACAUAAGGAGUUUCGUUAUGAGCUUGUUUGGGACCUAAUCGAUUUUGCAAAUGACACUGGUGUUCAAUUGAGAAAUAGUUUUAAUAAUUCAAAAGGAGAAGAAUCAGAGAAGAAAACCAAGCGAUCCAAGACAACAAAGCAUUUUAAGCUCUCAGACAAACGGCUUGUACCUGAAAACCAUUUGGUAGAGUGGAGAGAGCAACGUGAGGCCUGUCGAUGGUGUACGUGGCUAGCACAUGAAGGUAAAUUAGAUAUGGAUCGUAAAUCACCAUAUAGAAGUAAUUAUUGGU